AUGAUGCGGUGUAUGCGGCGUCGCUCCAGGACAAUCUGUCUGUCCUUGGCCUUCAUCACCAUUUUCCUCCACCUCCUCCUGGUCCUUGUCUCGCUUUCCAUUUACCACCAGCCCUGUGACCCCCCACCGCCUCCCAGGACGGACAUCCUCAGAGACCUGGCACGCACCAACUACACUUCUGCGGGGGUUAGUGGAGGUCCAGCUGAGCCACCAACUGAUACGCUACAAAGACGUUUUUCCAACAAAGAUGCCAAAAGGGGUGCCAAAGGUCACAAACAAACACUUACUGACAAAGGCUGGUCGGUGAAAGGAGGUAAAAAUGCCUCGGUCGGUUUGGCAGGCAGCGUGGCUCCUCAUGACUCCAACCGAGCUGAACCUUUGGAGUCGGACUUGUCAAAGCUGGAGGCGCUGUUUGACCAUCCACUUUACAACAUACCUGGCCCGGCCAUCCCUGAGGAGGACCGGCUGUUGAAAGUGAAACCAAAGGUGAAGGCUACUGAGAAGAGCUCACAGAUGUGGGUGAGUGCAAGCCGGGAAGCCUACGAGGACGUCCAGUGGAGCAGAAGCAGUAACAGCCACCCUCCGUGGCUGAGGUUCCACAUGAACAUCUCCCGCUGGCAGCUCUACCCCCAUCGUGACCCCAACAUGGAGCCCCUGACCCAGCAGCUGGCCACGCAGCGCAUCGUCAGUGCAGUGCAGAAGUCUGGGGGGACGCAGCUGAAGCUGGUGAUGUCAUUUCCCAACUAUGGACAAGCCAUGUUCAAACCCAUGAAGCAGCAGAGAGACGAAGAGACCAACUACAACCUCUUCUACUUUUCUGACUUUGAGAGACACAAUGCAGAAAUUGCAGCUUUUCAUCUGGACAGGAUUUUGGGCUACAGGAGAGUCCCUCCUGUGGUUGGGAGGCUGGUUGAUGUGGUCAAGGAGAUCAAAGACAUCACAACCGAUCGCAAGCUGGCUCGAACCUUUUUCACCUCCCCUGUGGGGAACAUAUGCUUCUACGGUCGCUGCUCCUACUACUGCUCAACAGAGCAUGCUGUGUGCGGCCGCCCCCGGCACCUGGAGGCCUCCCUGGCUGUCAUGCUGCCAGAUCUGUCCCUGGCCGCCCGCAGGACCUGGAGAUCCCCAUGGAGACGCUCCUACAGUCGCAGAAAGCUGGCAAAGUGGGAGACACAACCUGACUACUGUGCGACAGUGAAGAAGACCCCGCCGUACGACAAAGGCACAAGACUGGUGGACUUCAUGGACAUGGUCAUACUGGACUUCCUGAUGGGUAACAUGGACAGACACCACUAUGAAACUUUUGAGAGGUUUGGCAACAAUACCUUCCUGCUGCACCUCGACAACGGGAGGGCAUUUGGGCGUCACUCCAAAGAUGAGCCUUCUAUCUUGGCGCCACUAGAACAGUGCUGCAGAAUCCGUCGCUCCACUUGGCUACGCCUGCGUCUCCUUUCUUUGCCACAGUACCGCCUCAGUGAUGUCAUGAGGGCCUCACUUUCCAGUGACCCCCUCCACAGGGUGGCCCCGCUGCUGUCGGAGCCCCACCUCGCUGCCCUCAAUCGCCGUUUGAAAACUGUGCUAGAGACUGUGAGUCGUUGCCAAAAGCAACAGAAAGGGGAUGGUGGCGGUGCAGAGGUCAUUUAUGACGAUAUUGCCUAUUUGAAAGACAUGUUCAUUCCAUCUGAGUAG